AUAUAGGGUAAAAUCGUUGCUAUGGGCAGUGCUGGGGGGAAAAUAAGUAAAGUGGGUCAAGAUCAAUCCCUAGGCUCUUAUUGGUUCAGAUGGGCAGUAAUUGUGGGUCUGGGGCUUGGCAGCGACUGCAAGGACUAUUGAGACGCACCUCCGUAUUGUGUCAUCAUACCAAGGGCGUCAUUUCGGUCGUCACCAAGCAGCAGAAUUGCAGGUCGCAUACCAAUCAGAGGCAAACUAAGCGAUCGAGGACCCUGGGCCGAGCCCCGGCAGGCAAAUGCUCUCUCGAUCCAUUUUCCGUCUCAUCUGCGCAAGUUUCCUCCCUCGAGCUGACUCAAUCAGUAUUAGUUAGCCACAGCUUAGCAAUUCUCGAGCACUUUUCGCCUAGAGCAAAGUACGCAACAAAGGACAUCGGAACCCAAAACUCUGUGUUCCAAAACCCGAAACGGUGGCAGUUCUUUGCCGAGAAGGGCAGCCAAGGCGCACGCCAUGCUCCAACGACUUGUCUUUUGUCAGCUUUCCGAGCCAUGAGCCAUGUGAGGCUUCCACGCUUCUCCCCCCGCGGGCUGGAACCUUGAGAGAGCCAAGCUGGACAUCUGGGACGACGGUGCCCCAUCUAGGCCCGUGGGUUCGUUUGUUCUUCCCGGCGCUGGUCGUUGGUCGUUGAUCCUAGGCCAGAUGCAAAUCCUGACGCUCCUUUUGCUCCAUGUCUCCAUUUCUCCACACCAGAGGCCACCCCCGAUUAGAAAUUCUCUGCGUCAGAGGACUUUUCUUU